AUGCGGCGUUUCCGUAGUUACCAUGUGGCUUUUUCCACUUUAUCCGUCAGUGUUUCCUCCGAGGCCCAUUUUUAUCGCUCAUUUUCACCUAAAGUUAAACCCCACAGCGACACCCUUUCGAAUUCCCCGGAGAUCUUCACUGAGAGUAAGCAAGAUACCUCUAUCAACAGAGGCAACAUAGGCUUGGAAAGUGAGCUCAAAGAAGAUGAAACAAAGCAAAUAAAUCACGUGUCUAAAAAAAAGAGUUCCCAACAACCACAGAAAGGCUCACUUCCCGACUGCUUUGGGAAAGAUGAUUCUGAGAUGAAUAUGGAAGGGUCGAUCGAAAUGGCCACUCAGAAGCUACGAAUUGCUCUUCAAGCAUGGUCAGUAGCAGAAAAAGCCAAAACGGCUGCCACGGCUAGUAUGAGUAAGCAGUCAUCACUACGGAGAAGCCCGAAGCUUGAGGGGCACACUACAGGUAUACCACGUAUUCUUCCCAUCAACUUAGAAGAUCUUCCUGAAGAGCGAUCUGCGGAGGCAGUAAGCAUGGUCACCAAUGUGGGGGCUGAAGACAUUGUCUCAGGGGAGGCUCAGGUCCCGGAAGCGAUGUCAGAUCAGAAGUCGCAGAUUUCUUCGCUGCCUUCGGACGGUUGGAUUCGAAACAAGCGGUCAAAAUUUUGGGAGAUUGUCUUUUCCGUGCCUAUACCUUCGGCAAACUCGAAUUUGGUGGGUACUAAUACACCUUUUUCUGCCUCGACACCGACUAAGUUCCUUUCGCAAACAAAUAGGUCCUUGACAACAAAGGAUGUUGCAAUCACAGCCGACUCGCGUCAAGGCGAAAGGAGUGCUGUGAAUCCAUCUAUUCUGUCACCGGAGCGCCUUGGUGAAUCAAGAGGGAGUUCGAAUCCUGUGGAUUCAAGUAAUGUGGCAACCCAUCAGAACAUCCCCCCCAACUUAAAGAGAUUGGAAAAGGGCUUACAGUCUUCCGAUACGACUUCUCAGAGUCCGCCGGAAGUAGCACAUAGUGCUGAUUGCACGAGACCAAGACUCCCAUACAUCCACAACCAAUACAAAAAGAACGUGGCGCUCCGUUUGGCAGCGUUGCUUAAUUGUGAUCCCCGUUUGGGCCAUGUUAUCCUUGAGAGACUCUCGGAUGAUAGUUUACGUCUACUCCUGGUCAUGGGGACCGCCAACGAGUACUACGGCAAGGAUUUCUACGACAUCGUCAAGCAGGUCAAGGCUGCAGACAAAGACUGCGACAGCGCCAUAUCUGCCAAGGAGUACGAGGAGUGGGCUUUGAACUCAUGGAAGCAUCGGAGGCAUCAUCCGGCUGACGACACGACGACGGUGGAUCAGCAUACGGCAAGCAGCCGAGAGGAUCUCGAGCCACGAUCGCAACUUGAUGUUUCUACCAAAGGCGUUGAUAUCCCCGCUGCUAGCGUCCAAAAAAAUGUGCCACAAAACGACUCUGGUUAUAUCCCGUGGCCGCUCUACUUGCGUCUCCUGUUUAAUUCAUCUCUGCCUUUCAUGGCUUUCGGCAUAUUGGACAACUCGACCCUAAUUAUCGCGAGUGAUGCGGUCGAUCAUUCUUUAUCAGAGACGCUAGGCUUGACCAGCUUGGCUGCGGCAGGAGUAGGGGGGAUCAUCAGCGGCGUUGCGGGCAUUCAGGUUCACGGUCUAGCGGAGCGUUGGACCCGGAUCACACCACCGAUACUUACCAAAUCGCAAUGUAAUAGCCGCAGUUUCGAGCGCUCAACAAACAUUGGAAACACAAUCGGGAUAAUUACUGGCUUGGUGAUUGGUAUGCUACCUUUAUUAUUCAUUCGUGGCGACAGGGACGACCAAGCUGAAGGUAACAAUCAAUUGAGGAGAGAAGCAGAGCGGAUUCAAAAGGCUAAACAGAAGCUACAGGACGAAGAGCAUGCCCAAUCAAAGCUAUGA